AUGCUAUUGAAUCAAUUAGUAAAGAUAUAUAUACCUAAUAUUGUAAAUGAUGUUGUUGGUGUUAAUGAAGCUAACAAUGAUCAAUUUAGAGGUGUUGGUAUUGGUGGUGAAAUUGAUACAAGUGAAAUUGGUAAAAGAAAUGGUAAAAAAGGUAGUGGAAUUGAUGGUGGGAGAGGUGGUGGAAUUGAUGGUGUCAAAGCAAGUGGAACUAGUGAUACGGAUGAUGUUAGAGGUAGUGACAAAGGUAAUGUAAAAGGUGUUGAUAGAGCUAAUGAGAGAGGUGGUGGAAGAAAAAGUGGCAAAACUAGUGGAAAUGAUGGUGGCAAACUAGAAGGGGUGAAAUUUUUAAAGAGAGAGGCUUAUGUUAUAGAGGAGGAUGAUGGCACUGAUAGUGAAGGUGCUGCUUAG